AUGGAUUAUCAGAACCGCGCAGGCUCCAAGUUCGGUGGCGGUGGUGUCGCAUCGCACUCGGCCACCAAUGCUGACCGGCGAGAACGUCUCCGCAAGCUUGCGCUGGAGACGAUCGAUCUCGACAAGGAUCCGUACUUCUUCAAGAACCACGUCGGCAGCUUCGAGUGUCGGUUAUGUCUGACCGUGCACCAGAAUGACGGCUCCUACCUCGCCCACACGCAGGGCCGCAAACACCAGACCAACCUCGCGCGUCGAGCGGCGCGAGAACAGAAGGAGGGCAAGAAUCAGGAACCCGCCCUCAUGCCCGGUGCGAUGGGCGUGCAGGUGAAGAAGAACACGGUCAAGAUCGGUCGUCCCGGAUACAAGAUCACCAAGGUGCGGGAUCCCAUGACGCGACAGCUGGGUCUGCUGUUCCAGCUGCAGUAUCAGGAAAUCACACCGGGAGUCGUGCCCCGGGUGCGUUUCAUGUCUGCCUUUGAGCAGAAAGUGGACGAACCCCCCGACAAGAACUUUCAGUACCUGUUGGUCGCCGCAGAGCCGUACCAGACGUGUGGGUUUAAGUUGCAGGCCAGAGAGAUCGAUCGCCGGGAAGGGAAAUACUGGACAUGGUGGGAUGAAGACAGCAAGGAGUUUUGGAUCCAGAUCAUGUUCAAGACUGAGCGGGAGGAAAGAUACAGCGGAGUUCCAGGGUUGGCUCCCAAGUCUUAG